GCAAGGGGCGGGCCGGGCCGGUGCGGGGAGAGGCUCAGGGUGCCCCGGUGGCGGCGGGGGACGAUGAGGACGGCGGUGCUGAGCGGGCUGGUGGUGGCCUUGGCCUUGGCGCUGCCCUCCCAGGCGCUGGAGAACGGGCUGGCGCUGACCCCCCCCAUGGGCUGGCUGGCCUGGGAGAGGUUCCGCUGCAACGUGGACUGCCGGGAGGACCCCCGCAACUGCAUCAGUGAGACACUCUUCUACGAGAUGGCAGACCGCCUGGCGGAGGACGGCUGGAGGGACCUGGGCUACAAGUACAUCAACAUCGAUGACUGCUGGUCAGCCAAGCAGCGGGAUGCGGCGGGACGGCUGGUUUCUGAUCCUGAGAGGUUUCCCAGGGGGAUAAAGGCUCUGGCUGACUACGUCCAUGCCCGGGGCCUGAAGCUGGGCAUUUAUGGUGACCUGGGCACCCUAACCUGUGGGGGCUACCCGGGCACCACGCUGGACCUCGUGGAGCAGGACGCUCAGACCUUUGCGGAGUGGGGUGUGGACAUGCUGAAGCUGGAUGGGUGCUACUCAACAAGUGAAGAGCAGGCAAAGGGCUACCCAGCAAUGGCGAGGGCCUUGAACGCCACAGGCCGCCCCAUCGUCUACUCCUGCAGCUGGCCAGCAUAUCAGGGGGGGCUCCCCCCAAAGGUGAACUAUACCAUCCUGGCAGAGGUCUGCAACCUGUGGCGUAACUACGAUGACAUCCAGGACUCCUGGGACAGCGUGCUUUCCAUCCUGGACUGGUUCUCCGCAAACCAGGACGUGCUGCAGCCAGUGGCUGGCCCUGGUCACUGGAAUGACCCAGACAUGCUCAUCAUUGGAAACUUUGGCCUGAGCUAUGAGCAGUCACGCUCUCAAAUGGCCUUGUGGACGGUGAUGGCAGCUCCACUCCUCAUGUCCACGGAUCUCCGCACCAUUUCCCCACGUGCCAAGGAGAUCCUGCAGAACCGCCUGAUGAUCCAGAUCAACCAGGACCCCCUGGGAAUCCAGGGGCGCAGGAUUGUCAAGGAGAAAUUCGACAUCGAGGUGUUCCUGCGCCCUCUGUCCCAGGGCACCAGCGCUCUUGUCUUCUUCAGCCGGAGGACAGAUAUGCCCUUUGUCUACACCACCAGCCUGGCCAAGCUCCACUUUCCUGAGGACACCGUGUAUGAGGUACAAGAUGUGUACAGUGGGAAGAUCAUCAGUGGCUUAAAGACAGAAGACAGCUUCUCAGUCGUUAUUAACCCCUCGGGGGUGGUGAUGUGGUACCUCUGUCCCAAAGCGCUCCUGGUGCAGCCCUGGCAUGUUGUCAGACAGCAAGCCCCCGGCGAGCGUUUCCCCCCGGUCCUCCUGUGACGAGGCUCAGCAGAUGGGGGUGUGGGUCAGUGCCGGGGUGAGCUCUGAGACCCUGGGGCACGUGGCUCUUCACUGCACAAGUGCCUUUUGCUGGAGCGCCCAGCAGUGCUGGGGAGUGACCCUUCCCUCUGGUACCAUCUUGAUGAUGUCUACUCAGUCUGCGUAAAGCAGGAGUUCCUGUUACCCGCCUCCUAAGCGCGUGCAGAGCGUAAUUCCUUGGUGAUGGCAAAGCCCUUAGAGAUCCUCCUGUGGAAGAUGCCUUGCAAGCAGAGCUCAGCUGCUGUUGGAGUUUGUCAGCUCUGACACCUGAGCACUUCACCGCUUCAAGCUGGGUACCACUGGUUGCUGCAGGGGCUGUUUGAACUAUACCUGUAGAAAGGCUUUGGAUGCUUUAGUGUCUUCUAGGGUAGCGACCACCCCUCUGUCCUCUUGGCAUGUGUGAUGGCAUUAGCCUCAAGACGUGGUCACCUUCUUUCCUUUGCUAUAAUUGGCUUGGCUUAGAAUAAAGGGCUGUCAAUAGGGCUGCACCCUUCCUGUGUACCCUCCUUGGGACCAAGAGCUCCUGGAGGCAUCAUGGUCCUGUGCAGAGGCUUUGCUUGCAGGCCUGACCCUGAAGACCACCACUACUCCAGCCUAGUAGCCACGCUGGCAUUGCAUUAAAGCCCCUCUGGUACCAGUUUCCAGCAGUGCAGAGCAAAAACCUUCAUUGGCCAUGGCCAACCCCAGCAGCCUUGCUGUGGUACAGCACUAAAAACUGCAGAGCUGUAGCAUGUUGUGCACGAGUGGUGUCAGGAAGAUGCCAGUUCUCAGUUGGUGUUGUCUUUUCAGUUGGAAGAUGGUCACGGAUGUCUCUGAGCUGUAAGCUGCAUCCUGUUCUUGGUCUAGCAGGAAAUUCCUGCUAAAAGGGGGCUGAACACCCAAGGGUUUCUCAGGGAAAGGCUCCUCCUUCUCCCAAGGGCAGCUACAUUCACAGCUUCAUCCUGAGGAGGAGCCAACAAUCCUGGAGGGAGUGGCGGGACAGACUAGAGGCCUCAACUGCUUCAUCUUCAUACAACGCGCAUCCUAUGGAGGAGUUUUCGGUGAGAUACAGUCUACCUUGACUGCCCCAGAGAGGGCUGCAGCGUUCAUGAAGUUUGCCUCCUACAAUUGCAGCACAGGGAGACUGACACAAGAUUAAGCCUCAGAUGGGGGAAAUACCACAUAAAAAAGAAAAAGGUUCCCCUUUCUAUUCAGAUGUUGGAGGGUUCCUGAUCAUCUGGCCACUCUGGUUCCUGCAGGACCAAAUGGCAGAUUCUGGCCACUUCCAGAAACUCUCUCAGAGUGCAGCAGCAAGAUGCCAAAUGUGAUGCUUGCAGUGGUGACAGGAAAGGAGGAGUGCAUGUCAUGCCUGUAUCUAGGAGCUGGCUUUGUUCUUGGGGAGCGACUGAGACAAAUUAAUUGAAAUAAAAAGGGGAAGCAGGUCA